UAGAGGCAUCCCUGGAGGCGGGGUCUGGGUGUACCGUAGAUCCGACCGAGGGAGGAUUUCUGGGGAGAGCAAUAGAGACGUCAUCUGGGCUAGAGGGGCCUGGGAGCGGUAGAUUGAGUGGCUAGAGAGCCCGGAGGUAAGUGGCUGUAGAAGUCGGGCCCACCCAGAAUCCAGAGGAAACGGGACCAUGACUUAUGCUUAUCUCUUCAAGUACAUCAUCAUCGGGGACACAGGUGUGGGGAAGUCAUGUCUCCUCCUGCAGUUUACAGACAAGCGCUUCCAGCCGGUCCACGACCUCACAAUAGGUGUGGAGUUUGGGGCCCGUAUGGUCAACAUUGAUGGAAAACAAAUCAAACUGCAAAUCUGGGAUACGGCUGGGCAAGAAUCCUUCCGUUCUAUCACCCGUUCCUACUACAGGGGAGCAGCUGGAGCACUACUGGUGUAUGACAUCACAAGGCGUGAAACCUUCAACCACCUGACCUCAUGGUUAGAGGAUGCCCGCCAGCACUCUAGCUCCAACAUGGUUAUCAUGCUGAUUGGGAAUAAGAGUGACUUAGAAUCCCGUAGGGAUGUGAAGAGAGAAGAAGGAGAGGCCUUUGCUCGGGAGCAUGGACUUAUAUUCAUGGAAACUUCAGCUAAAACAGCCUGCAACGUUGAAGAGGCCUUCAUUAAUACAGCCAAAGAAAUAUAUAGGAAGAUCCAGCAGGGUUUAUUUGAUGUCCACAAUGAGGCAAAUGGCAUCAAGAUUGGUCCCCAGCAGUGUAUUUCAACACCAGUGGGAUCCAGCGCCUCCCCGCGGAACUCUCAUGAUGUAGGGUCCAGUUCUGGCUGCUGCUGAACAUCUGGCCUGGAUUCUUUUUUCCUUCCUGGAACAGCUUCAGAUCAAUAGGCUUAAAGAAAGAGGUCUUGUUUUGGCUGAGAAAAGCCUCUUUCCAAGUUGUGAUGUUCUGCCUUUCCACUUCAAGACUAGGGGAGAAUUUGGGCCCUUACUGACCUGUCCUUCUUCAGGGACGUGAACAUUCCUUAUAGAUUAGGGCUCUUCUCAUCCUAUUUUAAUUUCUAAAAUGUUAGGAUCAAAAUUGAUUGUCAUGGUAGUUGAAAAAUAAACUAUUUUAUUGGCAUACACAAUCUGUUCCCCACCAAGAAUUAGUAACAAGUGUCUAGGGAAUUCUGCUGGAGCACUUGAGAUUAUUGGGAUUAGGCUGGCCUUUGGAUUGAUAGACCCUCUGCCCAGGAAUUUCAUUUUUUUACUUCCCUCUUGGUAAGAGUUCUUGGAGAGGUCAGUUCCUUCUCCUUGAACUGCUCAAGGAUGCUGAAUACUUCUCUACCAUCUCAUUGCUAAUUUCUGUCUUUGACAAACUACAACACUUGUGAGAGCAGUGGAGUUGCUUGUGGACCUGUGGCCAUUUACUGUCAUUACCUAAAGAAAGCAUUUUUCCUGUUUUGUUUUGUUUUAGGGACCAGACCUAACACUGCAGUGUCUUUCAUCAAACAGACCCCUACUGUUCAAUUGCACUCACUUAACAGGCCACGUUAGACUUUCUGUUCCAAUCAAGCUGAUCUGCUUAUUGGACGUAACAUACUUCCACUUCCCCGCCUUUGCACAUGCCCUGCUCUCUGCUAACAAACUACGAAAGUCCAAACAUUUUUCCUUAAGAAAGCAUUCUUUGGCUGACCUAGAGACUUCUAAACAAUUAUUGACACAGUACUCCUUAGCUUUCCUAAUGUUUUUUGUUCAUAUGUGUAUUUAUUUGUAUUUAUGUUGCUUGUAAAUAUGCUUUGUAGUUGUUUUAUGUGUGGAAUCUGUCUCCCCAACUAGGUUGUAAGCUCCUUAAGAGCAGGAACCAUGUUCUCUCUUUAGUUUUGUAAACCAUUCCCUCCACCAUUCCUUCACAGUGCCCAGUGCUACUCAUUAUGUGACCAUUGAAUUUGACCGACAUACUUAAAGACUUGAAACAGGUUUAUUUUAGACUGCCAAGGAAACAAAAGGCCUUAGAGUCAUCUCUUAACUCUCUCCCAGUCUCUUCCUUCUGCUUACCCUGGGUUCUCUACUGCUCUUCUCCCUUUCCUCUUUCCCUUCCCUAGCUCUUUGCCUUCAUUCCAUGCAGCAUACAGUAAGGCUACCUGCUUCCAAACAGUCAAAUAAGCGGGUACUUCUCCAGCCAUUCUCCUUUUCAAGAGCAUAUAAUACUAUCCUAGACAAAUUUGCCUUUGUUUCACUCACAGUGCAGCCUUCUGGGUCAUUGCUAUAGUUUUUUGCCUUGAUAUCCUAUUCUCUUCCACAGCACUGAGGUCUCAUGAAUUUUUCUAAUUUUGUUGCUGUUGAAAAAUUGUUUCAUUAUUAAAUAUAUGCAUGUAUCCAA